CUCUCUCUCACAUACACACACACUCUGGCUCUCUCAGUGUGUGUACAGCAGUGUGGACUCCCCGAGAGCAGAGAGGCUGGCUGUCCCACUCCAGCACUGUAAGACAUUUCCUGCGUGACCUCACGAUUCGGAGGAGAGACAGAGUGGGCGCCCAAAGUCCCCGUCGGGUGAUGGUGUCUGCCUCAGGGUCGGGCAGCCGAAGAGAGAAGUCUUCUGGAGGACCCCCCCCCCCUUCUCUGCCCUAGGAUUGCCUCUGUGCCUCUUCAGCCCUGACCUGGGAUCAGCCUAAACAGGUAAAGCAUGAGGUCCAAGAGCAGCGAGGCAGAGAACCCGGCCAAUGUGCAGUCAGGCACCCCCCAGCCGACCAAUGGCGUCAGCGAGGAAGAGGGCGGCAACCUCCAGGGCUCCAAGAAGAGGAAGGCUAACCCUCGGCAGGAAAAAGAUGGUGAGACGGCGGUUUCUGGAACUGUGAAACGGUACCAGAAAUCCCCCGGGACCAAGAGCCAAAAAAAGGGAUUCAUGGAUCUGUCCAAGAAGGAGCUCCUGCAGCUGCUGGGUGUUAUGGAGGGGGAGAUUCAGGCCCGCGAGGACAUUAUCCACAUUCUGAAGUCGGAGCGCGCCCGACCCGAGACCCUGGAGGCCCACUACGGCUCGGCUGUCCCAGACAAGGCCCUCCGAGCCCUGCACCGGGACAGCCUCCUGACCCACUCCUCUUCCCUGGGGGAGGACGUGUACGAAAAGCCCAUGGCAGAGCUGGACCGGUUAGAGGACAAGCACCGUGAGACGUACCGGCGCAUGCUGGAGCAGCUCCUCCUGGCGGAGAAGUGCCACCGCCGCACCGUCAACGAGCUGGACAGCGAGAAGCGCAAGCACGUGGACUACAUGAACAAGAGCGACGACUUCACCAACCUGCUGGAGCAGGAGAGGGAGAGGUUGAAGAGGCUGCUGGAGCAAGAGAAAGUGUUCCAGACUCGCAAAGAGAAGGAGCACAGCAGGCGGCUGGAGAAGGUGCGCGAGGAGCUGGUGAAGCUGAAGUCCUUCGCCCUCAUGCUGGUGGACGAGCGCCAGCUCCACCUCGAGCAGAUCGACCAGCAGAGUCAGAAGAUCCAGGACCUCGUCCAGAAGCUCCAGGAGAAGGAGGAGAAACUUGCCGCCGUGGGCAGCAAGGCCAAGGAGGACGGGCAGAAGGUUCUGAAGCUAGAGGUGGAGCUGGAGCACAAGGCCGCCAGGUUUGCGCAGGACCACGAGGAGAUGACCGCCAAGCUGGCCAGCCAGGAGUCGCAGAACCGGCAGCUGCGGAUGAAGCUGGCGGGCCUGACGCGCCGGAUCGAGGAGCUGGAGGAGAGCAACAGGAACCUGCAGAAGUCUGAGGAGGAGCUGCAGGAGCUCAGGGAGAAGAUCAGCAAGGGGGAGUGCGGCAACUCCAGCCUGAUGGCAGAGCUGGAGAACCUGCGGAAGAGGGUCCUGGAGAUGGAGGGGAAGGACGAGGAGAUCACCAAGACAGAGUCCCAGUGCAGGGAGCUGAAGAAGAUGCUGCAGGAGGAGGAGACCCACAGCAAGGAGCUGAGACUGGAGGUGGAGAAGCUCCAGAAGAGGAUGGUGGAGCUAGAGAAGCUGGAAGGGGCCUUCAGCGUGAGCAAGUCUGAGUGCAGCCAGCUCCAUGCCAACCUGGACAGGGAGAAGAGCCUUGCCAAAGACCUGGCCGUUGAGCUGGAGGCGGUGAAAAACCGUGUGAAGGAGCUCGAGUGUUCAGAAACGAGGCUAGAAAAGGUGGAGAUGGGCUUAAAGGACGACCUGACGAAGCUGAAGUCGUUCACGGUGAUAAUGGUGGAUGAAAGAAAGAACAUGGCUGAGAGGAUCCGGCAGGAGGAGCAGAAGAGCAACGACCUGAACAAGAUGUUUAAGACGGAGCAAGGUAAGGUCAUGGAGGUGACGGAGAAGCUGAUCGAGGAAAGUAAGAGGCUGCUCAAGCUGAAGUCCGAGAUGGAGGAGAAGGUGACAUCCCUCACGAAGGAGAAGGAGGAGCUGAAGAGUAAGCUAGCCAGCGAGGAGGAGAAGUGCAAAGACCUGAGCUCAAAGGUCAGCCUGAUGAAAAAGAGGAUUGAGCGGCUGGAGGAGGCAGAGAGGGAGGCUGUGAGGAGCAGGGUGAAAAGAGACCUGGGAAAAUCCCCAGAUGCCACGUCGCAAGAGGACAACCGAGUUAAGGAGCUCACGCUGGAGAUCGAGAGGCUCAAGAACCGUCUCAAGCAGCUAGAGGUGGUGGAGGGGGACCUGAUGAAGACUGAGGAUGAGUACGACCUGCUGGAGAAGAAGUUCAGGACCGAGCAGGACAAAGCCAACGUUCUCUCCCAGCUGCUGGAGGAGAUGCGCAGCCAGAUCGCCAGGAACAAGGCCGUAGAGAAGGGCGAGGCGGUGAGUCAGGAGGCCGAGCUUCGGCAGCGGUGCAAGAUGGAGGAGGCGAAAACACGGGACCUGCAGGCCGACGUCCAAGCGCUGAAGGAGAAGAUCCACGAGCUGAUGUGCAAGGAGGACCAGCUGUCCCAGCUGCAGGUGGACUACUCAGUGCUGCAGCAGAGGCUCGUCGAAGAGGAGAAGAAGAAGACCAACAUGAGCCACGAGGUGCUGAACCUCACCAAAGAGCUGGAGGUCACCAAGCGCUACAGCCGCGCCCUGCGGCCCAGCAUGAACGGCAGGAGGAUGGUGGACGUGCCGCUGACCUCCACGGGGGUGCAGACGGACGCGGCAGCCAGCGAUGGCACGGAGGAGGACACCGCCGCCGUCUUCAUCAGGAAGUCCGUCCAGGAGGAGAACCACAUCAUGAGCAACCUGCGGCAGAGGGGGCUGAGGAAGCCAGUGGAGCGGCCGGCCGUCCUCGACCGCUAUCCCCCGGCCGCCGCUGAGCUUGGAAUGCGGAAGUCGUGGAUCCCCUGGAUGCGGAGAAAGGACAGCGGCCUGGAAAAAGCCGGCCAUGUCAAUGGGGAGCCGCCGCGCUCCGAGAUGCCCGCGCCGCAAAGGCAAGGCCAGCCCCUGCACAUCCGUGUCACCCCCGACCACGAGACCAGCUCGGCCACGCUAGAGAUCACCAGCCCCCCCGCUGAGGACUUCUUCUCCAGCGCCACCAUCAUCCCCACACUGGGGCUGCAGAAGCCGAGAAUAACCAUCGUUCCCUCCCCCACUACCGUCCCCCCGCGCAAGACCGCCGAGGGCGCGGGGGGAGGGGUGGAGAGGGCCAAGUCCCCCGUCACCAUCACCACUAUCUCCCGGGCCAAAUCUCCAGAGAGGAGCAGGAGCUGUCUCUCAGACAGGUCCAUGUCUCCCAUCUCCAUCAUGACGGUCAGCACCUCCGCGAUUCCGGACGUGUCAGGCUCCCCCGAGUCCCGGGAGCUGACCAUGGGCCGGGCGGUCUUCAAGGUGACCCCCGAGAAGCAGACGGUGCCCACGCCCCGGAAGUACAACUCCAACGCCAACAUCAUCACCACCACCGAGGACAACAAGAUCCACAUCCACCUGGGGCCCCAGUUCAAGAGGCCCGGCUCGGACGGCGGCAGCCCCACCAUCACGGUCAGGCCCGUAACCGUGACGACGGAGAGCAAGGAGAUCUCCACGGGAACCGUGCUGCGCUCGCCUCGCCACAAGACCACGCCUGGCAAAGUGAUGAGCAGCAUUACCAUCACUCCCAUCACCUCUGCGCCCUCCAGGCCGACCCAGUCUCCGCCUGGACAGGAUGUGCCGUCAUCACGGACCACACCCUCACGCAUCCCCAUGACAAAAGGUAUGAAAACGGGGAAGGCGGUUGUGGGCGUCUCCGCGGUGACGAGGCUAGAGUCGCGGGCUGAGAGCCAGUCUGUGAAAAUCGAACUGAGAAAGUCUGCGGCCGGUAGCAGCGGCAUCGCCGGCCCUCCAACCGGGGGGAAGGGCUGAGGAACCCCCCCGCGGCUGCCAUGGAAACACCGGCGGGGGGAACCCCCCUUGUUGCUCCCCGGUGCUGCAGAGCGGUCGGUUCGAAAAAGGAGUCAGACACCGUUAUCACUCAGAGGACUGUCCCCAUUCACCCCCAGUUAUACAUGCAGGAAGUGAACAGCCUGCGCUGUCUAGCUGGCCAACCCACGGCACCAGACUGCAGAUAGUUUUUCACAUUUAAAACAUCAUACACCAUGUGAGGGUUCAGCCGAGAUGAGGCUGUUCCACAGACCCGCUCCAACCUUCCUUGGCACUUGACAUAACAGUCCUCCUCCUGGCCACAGGGGGCAGCGCAAGCACCUCGUCCACAGUGAUAUCCCUGGCCCGGAGGUCUUCUCUCCCAUCAACAUGCUGUACCUUGUUCCUACCUUGUACUAGACCUGCCCACUUCAUACCAUGGGAUAGUUGGUAUAAAUCUUACAAGGGGAAUAAGAGGAGCCUACGUACAGGUGUAAGGAGCUGUUAGCUCCAGGAAGGAAGAUGGGGAAACAUGAGACAGUGCUACACAUGAUUGUGUGUGCUCUGCUCUGAUACAGGUUGUGUUAACAUGCUCCAUUUUCAAAACCUUCUGAAAUGACUUGACAUUUCGAGGUGGAAUGGAGACCAAGGGGUCUGGCUGGCCCAUUUACGAUCUCUCAAAGGUAGUGGUGAAAACACAGAAAUUAUUUAAUCUUACAACAGCAAAAUAAGGCCAACAUGCACUGGAGUAACCUAUAAAUAAUACAUUUUAUAAAUACAGUAUUAGAUUUCUGUAAUUUAGAGGAAAGAAUUGGUUAAUCUUAUUUUAAGUACUUUACUAAAGCAUGGCAAUGCAUGCCACUUUAUCCUAUCAGUUUGGGUGAAAGUACUGCCGGAUACAUUUAACAAAAGGAAUUUAAGUUUAGAAAUUAAAGUAGGGUGGGGAAAGAGCCCAGUAUUAGGGCAGGGAUUAGAGCUAAAGUGUUUGGGCAUUUGUGGUUUACAUCUCACCAUGCUUCAUAGAUUUAGCCCCUCAUACUGGGACAGUUCAGCACAUUGCAAGAGUCAUCUCAGAGGUGAAUCAAAUCUCCAAUCCUCUUUCCCAUCAUUUAAGAGAUGACAUAGAGAGAAAGGCCCACAGAUCUAUGGCAGAAUUAUGUUGUAUUUAUGUCCUGACUUAGCUAUGCACAACAGUAUUUUGGUUUGUUUGUUCCACGAGGAUGUUAGCAGGCCAUUUGGUAUGGCUCGGUGUUAUUUAGUAUAUAUCAUUGUAAUGAUACGUUUU